UUGUUCAGAAAUAUGAUCAUUUUACCACUGAAAGAGGAUAAAUCAGCUAGGUGCAUGAAUCUUGCAUCAAGCAUCGAGGUUGCAUUGGAUUUGGAUUGGUCGUUCCCUGAUCUUGCUGAGAUUAUUGGCAUGGAACCAGGACACAUAGAUGCUUCAAACGCCAAUUGUAUCUCAA